CUCUAAUAGUUCUACUCACGAUUCUAAUAUUCGUGAAAAAGUUGAUGAAUUGUAUUUAGAAUCAAUGCAUUUAGAAAACUAUAAGCAUAUAAUUAUAAUAUUGCAGCAACAACUGCAAGAACAAGAAAAUAGAAAGCUCCUUAUAAUUAUGGAAUUUCAAUAA